GUGAGAACACCUGUAAACUAGACAACAGGUUCAGCUGACACCCAAAAGAGAUGUCAAACACAGAACAAAAUCCCUCCUGAGAACCUGAGAAAAGUCAUACCUGUUUGAGGACAUGUCUGCAAAUCUUCCAGAAGAGGACCUCUCCUGUCCCGUGUGCUGUGAAAUCUUCAAGCAUCCAGUUCUUCUGCCAUGCAGCCACAGUUUCUGCAGGAGCUGUUUGGAGCACUUCUGGGAUAGCGCAAGUUCUCGCAGCUGCCCCGUCUGCAGGAGAAGAGCUUCCAAGAAAAGCCCUCCCUCUAAUCGGGCCCUCAAAAACCUGUGUGAAGCUUUUCUGCUGGGGAGAGGCCAGGGCAAUGCUUCUGGAUCCAACACAUUGUGCUGGAGACAUGGUGAAAAGUUCAAACUUUUCUGUUUAGUAGAUCAAGAACCCAUCUGUGUGGUAUGCCAAGCUUCAAAAAUGCACAAAGGUCAUGACUGCUCUCCCACAGAAGAGGCGGCUCUGGAUUGUAAGGAUAAACUCUCUGCUGCCAUGAAAGUAUUGCAACAUAAGCUGGAAGUAUUCAGUAAAGCAAGACAGUCCUCUGCCUUUACUUUGGAGUACAUAAAGAUUCAGGCACAGCGAGUUGAGAGACAAAUGAAAGAGGAGUUUCUCAAGCUUCACCAGUUUCUGUAUGAGGAGGAAGAGCGCCGGUUGUCAUCACUCAUGGAGGAAGAAGCGCAUAGAGUGGAGGCCAUGAAGAACAGAGAUGAUGAUAUUGCAUGGAGGAUAUCAUCUCUUACAGACAUGCUCAGCACAAUGGAACAAACCAUAAACGCUGAAGAUUUGACAUUGUUGCAGAACUUCAAAGCUACCAAUGAGGGAUCAUGGAGCACAUUGCAGGAUCCAGAAUGUGUAUCUGGAUCUUUGUUGGAUGAGCCUAAGUAUCUUGGCAACCUGAAGUACAAGGUCUGGCAGAAGAUGCAGGCAGUUGCAAAAUAUAAUCCUAUAAUUCUGGACCCAAACACAGCUCACCCUUGUCUGACACUGUCAGAUGACCUCACCAGUCUCCACUAUAGCAUCCCAAACCACGGUCGCCCUGAUAACCCUGAACGUUUCCACGUGAGUGCAGAGGUGCUGGGCUCCACUGCCUUUAGCUCAGCAAGCCACUGCUGGGAGAUUGAGGUCGGCGAAAAUGAAGACUGGAUCCUGGGCUUGGCCAGCGAGAAUGUGAAGAGAGAUCAGGAAGUGCCUGCGAGACCAGAGAAUGGCUUCUGGACCAUCUGCCUGCGUGAUGGGCAAUACAGGGCCAUGGCAUCACCCCCGACAGCUCUUAAAGUGAAUGAAAAACUGCAGAGGGUCAAAGUUCAGCUGAACUGGGAUCGUAGGGAGGUGGUUUUCUCAAACUCAGCAUGUCAAGAGAUUCUAUACUCUUUCAAUCAUGCCUUUACAGAGAAGUUGUUACCGUAUUUCUACACACAAAGUAAACAUCCUUUAAGAAUCUUAUCCAAGCCAGUGUUGGUAUCCAUUAAAGAGGAGGGUUUAUGUUUAGGAAAAUAAUUUCAUUGAAGAAGGUUGCUGCAAAAUUUACAUACUAAAUUAUACUUUACCCAUAGUAAUAAUUUGAAAUAGGUAAUUACAUACAGACCAAAGUGGAAUCAGAUUUUUUUUAAGGCGCAGAUUUUAAAAACAUUAUUUUCGCGGUCUAUUUUGUACUGCCUCUAUUCUGUCUUAAUGAUUGUUUGUCAGUACAAUGCAUGCAGUCAGUAUGAAUCUUUGUCUGAACUCAUAGAUCAAUGAAAGCUCAUUAAGUCAAACAUAUUUUGUGUUUGUUAUCUCCAAGUGUUAUAGGUGCAACUAAUAACCGUGCAUAAGCGUGUUUGUGAUCAAGGUGAAAAGGAUAAAUAAUAUGCAGUGUGUGCUGUGACAGUUUUAAGAAUACAGCUGCCGGAAGGCGAAAACAACUGAGAAGGUACACCCCCCCUCCCCCGAAGGCCAAAAGGGGCCUGGCAGGUGCUUUGCAUGGGCCCGUACUAUCAAAGUUACGCCACUGAUCAGAAAUAUGCACACACAUAUUGUAGAAAGAUGGAACAGGAGUGUCCGUGUUUGACAGUGUAGUGACAUUGUUAGACAAUGCAAGUUAUUACAACAUUUUUGAAGAUUUUUGAGAUAUAUAUAUAAGAAUCUUUUUAAAAACUAAAUAUUUCCUCCAACAUGUACCUUUAAAGGCAUAGUUCACUCAAUAAUGAAAAUUCUGUUUCACUUUCACUUUCUUAAAACUAUUAUGACUUUCUUUCUUCUGCAUAACACCAAAGGAGGCCUUUUGUAGGAUGCUCUGUUUGCUGUUUUACAUAUAAUUACUUUAAUGUAUACUUUUAAUACAUAAGACUAUUUAUCCCUGUAAUUCAUGUAUGAAACCCACAUGAGCCUUACUUGGUUUGUUUUUACCAAUUAACUUCAGUGAUAAUACACCCAAAUGACCUAAUAGCUUUGAUAAUAACUUCAACUGCUCCAAAAUCAACAUGUUGUAAAAGCACACAAAGAACCAUAUAUUAAAGGUGCACUCAGUAAUUUUUUGAAGUAUGUCAAAGUAUGGCUUACAUUGGCUUACACUGGUACCUAGUGGCCUGGAUGCUGCAUCAUUCAAACAUUGUAGUUUUCAGUUACCAAUGCCAUUGUAGAAAUUCACUUUGCAUAGUAACACAGGAUUAAUUUAAUCAAUGAAUGAAAGUGUCCACUAACAGGGCAGUUAUUGAGAUUAAGCGAGUAGCAUUCAGCUGGUCAUGUGAUGCUAACAUGGCUGCCCCCAUGAGGUGCCCCUGCCCAUGUAGAAUAAAACAGCUUUUAUUAGGUUACUGAUAUGACUGAACUCUUCAACUCACAUGAAUGAUUAUGAUUUUAUACAUAUGUUCCAAAAUUUCUAUUCAUUUCUUUAGAAGUAAAACUUUUUAAAUGAGUAAAAAAAUUACUGAGUGAACCUAUAAACCUACUGCUGUAAUUGGAGACAGCUGCUUUGUAGGUGCACUCCAUCUUUUCGACCACCAGAUGGGAGUAACAUGCAGCAUAAAGAAGACCAUGUAAGUAAUGAACCCAAUUUCAAAACAUUGGUUUGAAAAUCCUCAUUGUUUUUCAGAAAGCUGUGGUUCUUAACAAUUGUUGUGUUCCUGGCAUAUUUCAUACACAUUGGUGAAUAAAUGAUAACACUGUUACUGUUGAUUAUUACCUUGUGGGUACACAGCUGAAUGCUGUUGUUGUGAACUUGUGUAGGCGACUUCCUGUUUAUAGACAUAUUUACGCUAUAUAUGUUUACAUAUAUCUAUAUAUAUGUUUUAUGUUCCUUCUGGUCAACCACAACAGACUUUCCAAUAAAUUGACAUACUUU